AUGCAGGAUGGAGAGAUAAACUGCUGGGUGAUUAAGCUUCUUUCGGAGACCAUCACACCUACAACGCCUAUCGAUGGCAUGGGGCUCCAUCCCCUGGACAUUCUUCAGAAAAGCAUAAGUGGUACACGUCGAAACCGCAAAGGUAUUGUACGGGAUCCUAUUCCGUCUCCUCGGAUACAGACUGCUGCAGAGCCCAGUGAGGCAGGGAUCCAUUUGAGGCUGAGCAGAGGUUCUGGGUUCGCAGGUACAGUCAACUUCGAAGGAGGCAUACGGUGUGUCCCAAAGAUCCUGCUGGACGACAACGCCGAGCGCAUGUUCCUCAACCUGAUGGCCUUCGAACGGCUGCAGCCAGGUGCUGGCAACGACGUGAAUUUGUUUGUGGCGUUUAUGGACGAGCUCACCAACACACCCAAGGACGUGCGGCUGCUGUGGUCCAAGGGAAUCAUCAAGAACGGUUUAGGCAACGACGAGGCAGUGGCGAAUCUGAUCAACAACACACUAACAAAAGGUGCAGUGAUGGACCCAGACAGCAGCCUCCACAACGUGGUAAAAGAGGUGGAUGCGUACUGCAAGAAGCCGUGGAAUAGCUGGAGGGCCAGCCUCAUACACACCUACUUUAGUAACCCUUGGGUGUUCAUCUCCCUAGUCGCUGCUACUACCCUCGUCUUCACUGCACUCAUUCAGACAGUCUAUGCGGCCUUGUCCUUCAAAAAGAAGAGCUGAUUAAACCUUACAUCAUCAACAUUUGGGUUAAGAACUAUCCCGUAUAUGAAAUUCC